AUGGUAAAGCGGGAUGUGAUUAGUUGGACAACCGUGAUCACAGCUUGUUCACAGCAUAGGCAAGGAAGGGAAGCUUUUCUGAUGCUUUCUCAAAUGUUGGCAGAUGGACUUGAGCCUAAUGAGUUUACUGUUUGUAGUAUUUUGAAUGCUUGUGGGGAAGAGAAGGAACUGAAACNUUCUGAUUCUUUCUCAAAUCUGUUGGAAAACGGAAGUGCUGUUACAAAAGAAUAUAGGCACUUCUCACAGGCAUCUUUUCCGACAUAUGGAAGUGCAGGGACUAGUUAUCCUCAUUCUGCAACAUCUCUCAGACAGCAACCUCAUGAUUCACAAAUGAGGCAAGGUGCAGCUCAUCCGAGCAUGAAUUCUAACCAGUUGGGACCUNGACGCACGAAGGAAAAUCAAGAAGCUGAAAAACGUGGUUAUUCAGUUGCCAGUAGCACCCCUGGUAUGUUGGUUUAUCAUUGCUUAAGUACCAAGUAG